AUGUCCCCGGUGGUAUCGACGGGGUACACCGAUGAGGGAAGCGAUCUGGAGUUGGUGAGCUGGGAGCCGGCACCGCGGAGGAAACGCGCACACAAGGCGAAGCGCGAGGAGCCCCCGACCAACCGACGAAAGGAGCCCCGGAACAGCAGACGCAAGGAGCCCGGCACCAGCAAACGCGAGGAGCCCCACACCGUCAACCGCGAGGAGUCCCGGACCAGCAAGCGCGAGGAGCGGCCUGAGAGAGGACAGAGGGGGCGCACAACGCGGAAGGAGGAGCCCAAUGAGAGGGUCUCGAAGCGGGCGUCCACCCAGUCGACGCGUACGCCCAGGGAAGAGGCGUCGUCGGCACGCACAAGGGGGAGGUCGGCGGCGCGGCAACGGGGUCGGCGACCGACAGACCCACAGGUCGAGGAGCGGCAGCCAACGCCGAUCGAAACCGCGGUCAAGGAGCCACAGGCAACGCCGGCUGACGCCCCGGAAGACGACGCGGCCGCUGAGGCACGACGCCUCGCGGAAUGGCACCGGCGGUUCGCACUGGCCGCGGCGGCGGAGGAGCGGAGGCAACGGCGGGUGUGGGAGGACGCCCUGGCGCUGGCGAAGAGGCUCAAGGCCACGCAGGAGGCCGAGAAGGAGGCGCGAGAAGCGGAGGCGGAGCGCCACAAACGAGACGUCGCGCACCAAUGGAG